CGCGGGGCGGGGGGCGCGGCCGAGGCCCGCGGGCGGCGGCGCAGGAGGAAGCGGAGGAGGACCGGCGCGCGGGGCCCGGGAGGCAGGCGGCGCGGCGCGGCCGCCGCGGCCCGGGGCUCGCCAUGCUCCUGGCCUCGGCCGUGGUGGUCUGGGAAUGGCUGAACGAGCACGGCCGCUGGCGUCCCUACAGCCCGGCCGUGAGCCACCACAUCGAGGCGGUGGUCCGCGCCGGCCCCCGCGCCGGGGGCAGCGUGGUGCUGGGCCAGGUGGACAGCCGUCUCGCGCCCUACAUCAUCGACCUGCAGUCCAUGAACCAGUUCCGCCAGGAUACCGGGACCCUGCGCCCAGUUCGCCGCAACUACUACGACCCGUCCUCGGCGCCCGGGAAGGGCGUGGUGUGGGAGUGGGAGAAUGACAACGGCUCUUGGACGCCCUACGACAUGGAGGUGGGCAUCACCAUCCAGCACGCCUACGAGAAGCAGCACCCCUGGAUCGACCUCACUUCUGUCGGCUUCAGCUACGUCAUCGACUUCAGCACCAUGGGCCAGAUCAACCGGCAGACGCAGCGCCAACGCCGCGUCCGCCGGCGCCUGGAUCUCGUCUACCCCAUGGUCACGGGCGCCCUGCCCAAGGCCCAGUCCUGGCCGGCCAGCCCCGCGUCGGCCGCCUCGCCCGCGGCCCCGCCCUGCUCCUGCCCACAGUGCGUCCUGGUGAUGAGCGUCAAGGCCGCCGUGGCCAACGGGGGGAGCGCGGGGCCGCUGCAGCCCCCGGCCGCCCGCAAGCACAUGCCCCCGUCUGGGGCGGCCAGGCUGCCCCCACCACCAGGCCCUGCGGCCAAGCCGCUGGACAGCACGGGCACCAUCCGAGGCCCGGUGAAGCCCGUCCCGUCGCAGGCGAUCCGGCGACAGGCCUCCGGCACGCCGGCUGGGGUGACCAUGGGCUCUCCUGCCAGCCCCCCCGGAGCCAACGGCAAGACGGGAAGGGUGGCCCUGGCGACCUUAAACCGGACCAACCUGCAGCGACUGGCCAUCGCCCAGUCCCGGGUGCUGAUCGCCUCUGGGGUCCCCACUGUGCCAGUAAAGAACCUCAAUGGGUCCAGUCCUGUUAAUCCGGCCCUGGCGGGAAUCACCGGGAUUCUCAUGAGUGCAGCCGGGCUGCCCGUGUGCCUCACCAGGCCGCCCAAGCUGGUUCUCCACCCGCCCCCGGUCAGCAAGAGCGAAAUCAAAUCCAUCCCGGGGGUUUCCAACACGAGCCGCAAGACCACCAAAAAGCAGGCCAAGAAAGGUAAAACCCCAGAGGAAGUGCUCAAGAAGUAUCUGCAGAAAGUCCGGCACCCGCCAGAUGAGGACUGCACCAUCUGUAUGGAGCGCCUCACGGCCCCCUCGGGCUACAAGGGCCUGCAGCCAACAGUCAAGCCUGACCUGGUGGGAAAGCUGUCCAGAUGCGGCCACAUCUACCACAUCUAUUGUGUGGUCGCCAUGUACAACAAUGGCAACAAGGACGGAAGUUUGCAGUGUCCAACCUGUAAGACCAUUUAUGGGGUGAAGACAGGCACCCAGCCUCCGGGGAAGAUGGAGUACCACCUCAUCCCUCACUCCCUGCCUGGCCACCCCGACUGCAAAACCAUCCGGAUCAUCUACAGCAUCCCUCCUGGCAUUCAGGGGCCGGAACACCCGAAUCCUGGGAAGAGUUUCAGCGCCCGUGGCUUCCCAAGACAUUGUUACCUUCCAGACAGCGAGAAAGGGAGAAAAGUGCUGAAGCUGCUGCUUGUGGCCUGGGAUCGCCGCCUCAUCUUUGCCAUCGGUACCUCCAGCACCACCGGCGAGUCAGACACCGUCAUCUGGAACGAGGUCCACCACAAGACAGAGUUUGGCUCUAAUCUCACGGGUCACGGCUACCCAGAUGCCAAUUACCUGGAUAAUGUGCUGGCUGAGCUGGCUGCCCAGGGCAUUUCCGAGGACAGCACUACCCAGGAGAAGGACUGAGCUGGAGGGUCUUUGAGCCAGGAGGGGCCGCGGGGACCACAGGGCAGGAAGUGGGAGAAUCGAGGUGGAAGUUGGUGCCAUGCCCUCCCAAUCCCCUCAUUUCCCGCUCUGUCCUAUCCCCAUUCCCCAUCCCUCCUGGCCACAGCGGGGAGGGAGAUGAAUAAGGUGAUGUCAUUCAUAAACCUCAUCCACCACAAAGGGGACAUGGGAUGAGGGCCAUCCUCGGUCUGUUCCCAUGGAGUUUUCGGUGCUGGGUAGGCAAGAACCCCCCCCCCCCGCCCCCCUGAGUAGGGGCACAGUCAGCACACUUAGGGUAUGGACAGAGCGUGGGCACUCCAUACCUUGGCCUUGUGAAGCCUGAGGUUCAAUGCCUCAGCUGGCUUCUUGCUGCUUCCACUCUGCUUUGAGAGCGGAGUUUCUGCUUUUCUCUCCUCCUCUGGAGGCGAGGAGCUCUCACUGUGCAAGAUUGGGGGGCAAAGGGGUGAACCGCUAAAUUGCUGUGACAUCAGAUGUCGAUGCCUCGGUGUUCAGCGAGGAAGCACUUCUCACCAAGAGGGUCAGAGAAGCAAAGGCUUCUGGGAGCACACUCGGCUCUCAGAAUAGUCCUUGGCCUCUCUGGGCCCUCCCUCCUCACAUCUUCGACCUGUCCAAAGAGGCAUCUGGUUCUCUUGUGCGGAUGGACAGACUCUGGGAUUCCUCUCUGGGUUGGCAUCUCAUGAUGUUUCCAGCCCCUCUCUGAUCAGACCAGAGUCUGCAUCCCACUUAGCAUCUGAACUGUCCUCAGGGAGAGGAGCCCAUAGCCUUCUUCCCAACUCAUCCCAGACCAGCUCAAAGAUUCCAUGAGCUUCAUCAAGUCACUGUGAGUAGAGCCCAGGCUGGGUUCUGUGCCAUCUAUGUAUGCGCAUAUGUGUGUGUGUGUGUGCGCGAGUGUGCACCACUGGGCCAGGUUGGUGGACAGUCCCAUCCUGUUCUCCCAUUCUGUUUUGCAAACUUUCAAACUCCAGCUCUGAUGGGGCUCAAACAGCCAGGCUGCGGUUCCUUGACUUUCUUCACCCUUUGCCAACCCAUUUCCACAGUAAACUUGGACCCAAAUGGUAACAAUCAUGCAUCUUUCUAGAUGCCCCCAGGGAACAGUGCUUGGGGAGAUGUGUCAGGUGAGGACUGGACUGACCCCUUUUUGUAUCUCUUUCAAGACCGUAUCUAAACCAGUCUAUCCGGUCAUGUUUCUAUGAGGGCUUCGAUCUGUCUCCAUGCACGCUUGCUAAUCAGAGCCCAGAGGGGGCUGGGCCCCUCAUCUAUUACAGAUUGACCUAGAGCAUGGAGACAGACUUUUUAGCUCAUUCCCAACAGGGUUGGGACCACAUCAUGGUCCAGUCCAACCUGCAUUUGGGUUGUGUCCCAAGACUCUGUCUGUCCCCUCCCCAAUAUUCCUCUUGCUUUUCACUUCCCUUAAGGAAUGAAUUGGGGGUCAGGGAGGAGAGAAGGGGGAUCAAGAAAGGAAACCCAAUUCCCCUUUUGAAAGUGGGUUCUUUGAACUAUGUGUUUGGGGGAAGUUCCUCUGGAUACUAAUUUGAAUUUAUAUACCUCAUAUUUUGGGGGUUUGACGUAUAUAUAUCCAUAUAUAUUUCAUAAUAUUUGGAAGGUUUUUGAUGCUAGAAAAAUGGAAACAAAAGAACCUUCAAAAAUGGUACUUAAGUUAGAACCUGAAGCCAGGCUUUCCUGAGAGCUGGCUCCGUGGCCGCUUGCUGUUUGCCUGAAGCCAUUUUGACAUUGGUGUGGCCAGUGGAUGCACCUGAGUGUUGCCCAGUUCCUUGGGAGGUACUGGUGCUGGGCCUUUCCUUAUUCUCUGAAUGGCUGUCAGGUUGCUGACUGGCUCCAGCAGAGGAAGCUCUGACGAGAGGAAUCCUUCCUGACAACUCAGCUCUCAGGUCAGCCGGCCACCAUCUUCUCUCACCAGCGGACCAGGAGAUUGGGCCUGAGUCCACUGCACCACAGGGCACAGUUUCCUGCCAGUCGGGAGGAAACACUUGAACUCAACGGAAGAGACAUGGCUGAGGCAUUUAAUAUCCGCCCCCCCCCCCCCACACUGUGCCCUUUGCCAGGCCACCCUGUCCCAGAGGUCAUCGAAGAGCCUCACUGCACACCUAGUACCAUCUCUGCCCUUCAGCACCUGGGUCAAGUGUCUGCUGAGCUUCUCACCCACAGGGAUGAGGAAACAGACCGAGGAUCAGUGGGUAGAAACACACAGCUGUGGAGCAGGAGGUGGGGAAAGAAGGCAAAUGAGGUUUGACAACUGGCCAUGGCAGCGGGGACAGGCUGAUUUCCCUGCCUUGGGCAGAAGGUAUGGGUGGGAAAGGGGACAGCUGAGAAAAGAAGGAAGGGGACUCAGAGAAUGGAUAGGCAGGCAGGCAGUUGUGCCAGGGGUAAUACCACUUCGAGGGUAAGUCUUAAUACCUUCAAGACCUUACCCCUAGGAUGGCGACCGUGUCUGUACCCCCCAUUCUUUUCCUCCCUGAGGAUGCUCAGCAGGGGGUACCUCCUCCUUGUGCUGCCCUUCGGUGGGACUUUCUGGGCAGAAGGAUCUUGAAUUUCCUUUUAACGCUGUGCCAAGGAAGGCGGGGGGCAGGGGGGAAGCAGCCCUUUGCCCUUUGUGCCAGCCUAGAAAGGCACGGUCUCAGGCGCAGUGAGCACCCUGCCAGCGGAGGUACUGAGCACCGAUCCCUGGGACACGGGACGUUUCCCCACCAGUGUUGUUCCUGCUCUGUUCCCUGGGUUGCACAGGGAACCCCAUGCCUUGCCUGUCAUGGCCGGACCACCAGCUGCCUGGUUUUCCCCUUCCUGAGUCUCCAGGGAUGACAAAUGGGAUUGCAGACAAACUCUGUCAGAUGCCUGUCCCUUAGAGGUCAAUUGUGUAUAUGUGGUUGUGCGUGCCUUUGUGUUUCAUACCCUUUCUCCUGCCCUUUUGUAGAAUUUGGACUUUCUCUGUGGUUUUACACUUGGUCAAAAGUACUUGUCCUGGUAUUGCACUGUCGUGUGCAUGAGAGGGGAGGGAGGAGACCCCGCGUGGUACAGGAAGGGGCCUGUCCCCUAUCCUUGUCCGUGGUCACUGGCAUUUGCGUGGGGGUUUUGUGGGAGAGGGAAGGUGAAUGUCCUAAUGUAAAAACUAACCAAUGUGUUGUGAAGUCCUUGGUGUUGCUCUGUGAGAGGACAUCGCCACCUGGUGCUCAUGAGGUGUAUGUGCAGAACAAUAAAUGGCAAAUGAACAACCACAAA